GAAAUGCAAAUGUUCAAGUUCUGAAAAACGUCUGAGGAGGAAAUGUUCUUAGAGAGGAAGACUUCUCUCCAGUUCCCCUUUCACUUAAUCUGUUUUUCUCCCCAUUCACGAUGCAACUUUGUACAGCUCUGAUUCUGUUUAUGACUCUGUCUACAGCCUGUGGACUGAGAUGCUACACGUGCACAGCCGCUGAUCCUGAAUCCUGCACAGACAGCAAUUCUUGUCCCGUCAUCUUCAACCGUUGUUUCACUCUCAGAAUAGACGGCUAUGACAUGGUUACCAAGGGUUGCCAAACCAGCAUAGCAUGUCAUGGUGCCAUGGCCUGCUGUGAAGGGAACUUGUGCAACAGGGCCAUACCAACCAGCUGCAGUGUCCUCCUCCUGCUGGUGUCUUCAGCUAUCAUCACAUUCUAUGUCUAAGCCUUGGGAAUUUUGUUAUUUCUAUGCUGCUCUAUGCUGCAGUGUCCCUGCUGAACAACCUAAUAAAUGGAUGACAGAUGCUAUAUUAUGAUUGCCAAUUAAAGUUUUAUUCCUUCA